CCCAUGGGACAUUUUUCUUCCCUUCGUGCCACCCAGCGCCAGGGGAUUUCCUUAUUAUCUUAAAUUUGAUUUCUUUCUAAUUUCUGAUUGACCCUCUCUUGUGAAUGCAGUGUUCACAUGGCCCUGACAACGACGUCACAUAUCCGACACACGGCUGUUGCACUCCAAGGAAGGUCCCCCCAACCCAUCCCCACGCGGCGAGGCUGGCGACACGGCAGGGACCCAUACAUUCCGUAUAUAGCGAUCUUCCGGAGUCGGGCGAUCACAGACAGCUGCGAUGAACGGUCGGAUGCAGGUCUUCUUGGCGGCGGCGGCAACGUGGGCGGCGCUGACGGCGGUGUCCGACUCAUCCACCCCUCGGGGCGUCGGCGACGACUGCCUCGCCUGCAUGUGCUGGGCCUCAAGCAACUGCUCCAUGCCAACGCCGGUGUGCAAGAUGAAUGGCUGGGGCGAGGUGUGCGGGCCCUGGGCCAUCACCGAGCCGUACUGGGUCGACGGAGGGCGUCUCUUCAACAACUUUUACAAAUGCGUAGAAGAUUGGAAAUGUAACGAAGACACUGUACGUAAUUACCUGGAUCGUUACGUCACGGAUUCUGACGCAAAGUGCCAGGACUACGCGCGCACACAUGCCGGCGGCCCCCUCGGCGCCUGGAACGACGGCACACUCCCGUACUGGUACUCGGUGAAGGACUGCCUUGAUUACGGCAUAUUUACACCGCCAUCGGCCUAAAAACAGUUGUGGUGCGUAAUAAUUUGUCCUCUUUCCGGAAGCCUGUUACUGACAUCUGUUCAGACAAAGGACAUGAAAGACAGUACGAGCUCUUUGGAACCACUUUCAAGGGAACACACACAUAUAUAUACAUACAUAUAUAUAUGUGUGUGUGUG